AUGCCCCCGACAAUCCGCCGGUUCGCCAUUGCCUGGAUUUUGAUUUUCUGCUCUGUCACCGUAUUCUUCACUCUCAUCUUCUUUUACCACCAUCACGAAUGGCGGACGCUGGGCCUCACAGGGAUCAGCGACGACGCCCAGAAUUACGUACAGUCAUCCGACGUUGACACCCAUCAUGCGCAGUCAUCACAUCCUGCAAAAGUCCUCAUAGUUUCUGCGUUCUACCCACUCUCAAAAUCCAAGCAUCCAAUUGAAAACUACAAGGCAUGGCUCAACCGCUUUCUGCAAAACAUCGAAAGCCCGGUGUACUUCUUCACCACCCCAGCAAUGGAAGGCCUUAUUCGCGGUUGUCGGGCAAACCACCCCAUAUACAUCAACACGACGUUCGAAAGAGCCUUUGAUGUGCCGCCGCUACAUGGAUUGGAGGGCGAAUACGAGAAGAUGCAGGCGAAGGAUAGAGAGGGAUUCCGACACUCGCCCGAGCUGUAUUCUGUUUGGAACGCAAAGCCGUAUUUCCUCGACGAGGCAGUGAGGAACGUGAACUCUCUUGAUCCUUUUGCUCAGAAUGCCCCUUCUCUGCCCACGUACAACUAUGGGUUCUGGGUGGACGCAGGAUCGUUCCGACAAGAGCACUUCUAUCAGCGCUGGCCUGAUGCCCAACGCGUCCAAGAAGUGUUCGAAGAGGGCAGCCAACUCACGGGGACGCCACAAGACGAACUGAUUUUUUUCCCAAUAUGCACGAUACCCGAGAGAGGAUGGAAACGGUGGCGAGAAAGCGACGGGCCCGUCGAUUUUGACUUUAGUGAAGGAUCGUUUUUUGGCGGGUCACCGAAGGCGAUAUCGUGGUACGCGCAGACGUUCUACGCACAGCACGAUAAAUAUCUCGCGAAUGGGAUCUUCGUAGGAAAAGACCAAACGGUAAUCAAUGCGAUCAUGUUCCUACACGCUAAUAAGUUCGUUUCGGUUUGGGUUGGGCAACCUCCCUAUCUCCUCGAUCCGCACCCUUCGCUACCCCCGCCGAGUUCACCCUCACCACCGUUGGCGUCGGAUUCUGACACCUCCACAGCUAUGACUCCCCUCCAACGCCCGCGAAUCUACCCACCACUCUCGCGUAUCUUUUUACCUCUACUGUCGGUGCCGCAGACGUACUGUGGCCCUGAAUGGUACCACUACGAAUUCUUCCUUGCCUCCCCAUCCGAACGGAGCUCUAUGCUGGCACUUUGGGGGAAUAUAAGGGAUAGCAGGAUGAGGGGGGCAUGGUGGGGGCGCAGGGGGUGGAACAUCGCUAGCCUUCCUUCGUCGAUGCGGAUGGAACCAACGCGCAAGGAUAGCGGCGGAGGCGAUGAAAGCGUAUGCCCGAUGAAAGAGCUUAUGAGCAUCGAGAGUCUUCUAAAGACGCAGUUCGGCGAACGGUGGGUGCCCAUCCGAAUGGAAUGA